CCCUCCCCCACUCCGUAUGCCGUCAACGGAGGCCAUUUCUCAGGGGAAAUCAGUGUUAAACUUUAGUUGAAAAAUAUAGAAUUUAGCCAAAAUGGCUGAUCCGCUCAGUUUACUCAGGCAGUAUAAUGUUAACAAAAAAGAAAUUAUUGAAAGGGAAAAUCAAAUCAUUUUCGGGGAGUUUUCCUGGCCCAAAAAUGUGAAAACAAACUACUUGAUGUGGGGUUCUGGCAAAGAUGGAGCUCCCAAGGAAUAUUACACUUUGGAAUGCCUACUAUUUUUACUCAAAAAUGUUGGACCCUCUCACCCGGUUUAUGUCAGACAAGCUGCUGCUGAAAACAUCCCAGUUGUACGCCGUCCAGAUCGUAAAGAUCUGUUGGCAUAUCUCAAUGGAGAAACAGCUAUUGCUGCCAGUAUCGAUAAAUCUGCACCUCUUGAGAUUCCAACACAAGUCAAACGCACAGCAGAAACAGAAAGUGUUGAAACCAUGGCAAAGAAGCCACGGCUAGAAGAACUUCAAGUACAACGAGUGAAAGAGCAGCUUGCUGCCCGUCUAGAUGCACCUAAAGAGGCUUCAGUCACCAUUGACAACAUCAAAUCUUUGUCUGAGGCUAUGUCAGUGGAAAAAAUUGCCGCCAUCAAGGCAAAGCGUCUUGCCAAGAAGAGAACUACUAUCAAGGGUACUGAUGAACCGGGCUUGGGUUCAGAUCUUCGAGGCAUGCUUGAUUUUGAUGUAGAUGUAACCAAAGAUAUUUUGUCAAGAGAAAGACAGUGGCGAACAAGAACCACAAUCUUACAGAGCACAGGCAAGAUGUUUGGUAAGAACAUUUUAGCUAUCUUGGGAUCUAUCAAAGCUCGUGAGGAGGGCAGAAACAGACCACCACAGCCCACACCUGCCAUUACUCCAAGAGCAACACCCAUGCGAACUGUGCCUCAACCUGCCAUGUACAACCGUUACGAUCAGGAAAGAUUUAUCCGACAAAAAGAGGAAACGGAGGGCUUUAAAAUUGAUACCAUGGGUACUUACCAUGGUAUGACACUGAAGUCUGUAACUGAAGGAACUCAACCGAAGAAGCCAGCACCCCAACCCAAUCCUACCAUGCCAGCCCCUCAAUCUCAGCCGCGUGUUGGUAAUAGUAUGAGUUCUUUACCAGCAAAUAAGCGCCCAUCAAGAACACCUAUCAUUAUUAUACCUGCUGCAAAUACAUCACUCAUAACCAUGUACAAUGCCAGGGAUGUUCUACAAGAUCUAAAGUUUGUUAGUACAGAAGAAAAGAAAGCACAAGGUGCGAAAAGGGACAAUGAAAUUUUACUGCAGAGAAGAAAAGAAGGUGGUUUAACAGUUCCUUACCGUAUAGUUGAUAACCCAGGAAAGCUAAAUCCUGGAGACUGGGAACGGGUUGUGGCAGUGUUCGUCAUGGGGCCUGCCUGGCAGUUUAAGGGUUGGCCGUGGGGUGGGAACCCUGUUGAGAUAUUUUCAAAAAUUUGUGCAUUUCACUUGAAGUAUGAUGAAAUGAAGCUGGAUGCCAAUGUUGGUUCAUGGGCAGUUCAUGUGGUGCAACUGUCAAGAACAAAGAGACAUUUGGACAGAGCUGCCCUCAUGGUCGUUUGGGAGAAAUUAGACAAGUAUAUGGUUAAAGAAAAGCCCCAUCUUCGAUUUUAGUUUGUUUUAGAAUUCUUAUUGCAGCCUGUUGUAAAAUUUAUUUAAAAUUAAAAACAAUAAUUUUAGUUUUUGGUCAA